UACCGCAGCUUUCAUCAUUUCACACUCUCACUGAGAUCCAGGACUGACCAGAAGGGCUUCAACACUAACACAACAGCGCUGAACACACACCGAUAGUCAUGGAUCAUUACGCACAGAGCGCACCUCUCUCCUCGUGGAAAGAGUGUUUUAUCAUGAAGCGGAUCCGCAUGUUGAUCCCUCUGGGCUUCAAGAGCGAAAUCCUAGAGUUGAUCAAACUGGCAGGACCGGUGAUUCUUGCCAACUUCAUGGGUUUCGCCGUGAGUUUUGUCAGCACUGUUUUCUGUGGCCACCUGGGGAAGACGGAGCUGGCAGGAGUGGCUCUGGCAAUUGCUGUGAUUAACGUCACUGGUAUAUCCAUUGGCUUUGGUCUGGCGUCGGCCUGCGAUACUCUGAUUUCUCAGACCUAUGGGGGCGGUAACCACAUGAGAAUUGGAGUCAUUCUGCAGCGAGCGAUCCUCAUCCUGCUGCUGGCCUGUUUCCCCUGCUGGGCGAUCCUCAUCAACACAGAACCCAUUCUGCUGGCUGUCCGACAAGAACCAGCUGUGGCCAGUUUGGCUCAGAUGUAUGUGAAGAUCUUCAUGCCAGCACUUCCUGCUACAUUCAUGUAUACGGUAGAAGCAAGAUAUCUGCAAAACCAGGGUAUCAUAUGGCCGCAGGUAAUCACAGGCUUUGUGGUCAACCUUCUCAACGCUCUCAUCAACUACAUCGUUCUCUACGUGGUAAACAUGGGAGUAGCAGGUUCUGCUCUGGCUAACACCCUUUCCCAGUUCGCCAUGACUGGAAUUCUGUAUGCUUAUAUCAUACUGAAAGGUCUCCAUAAGGCCACCUGGGGAGGCUGGUCUAAAGAGUGCCUCCAGGACUGGGGCUCGUACGUCCGCUUGGCGAUCCCCAGCAUGGUCAUGCUGUGUGUCGAGUGGUGGACGUACGAGAUUGGAGGUUUUCUGGCAGGUCUCAUAAGCGAGGUGGAACUCGGAGCUCAAUCGGUCGUUUUUGAACUGUCAAAUGUCGCGUACAUGUUUCCUUUAGGUUUCAGCAUAGCAGGCAGCGUACGAGUUGGAAACGCGCUGGGAGCUGGAGACACCGAGCAGGCCAAGCUGUCUGCCAAACUCGCAAUAUUCUGUGCAAUGUCAGUGUCAGUUUGUAUGGCGAUCAUCAUUGGGAGCCUGAAGAACUAUAUCGGUUAUGUCUUUUCAUACGACGAAGAAAUCAGGCAAAGAGUUGCUGAAGUGUUAUCCCUUUAUGCUCCGUUUAUGCUUUUGGAUGCGACAUCUGCUGCCUUGGGUGGCGUUAUACGAGGAGCAGGUAAACAGAGAGUCGGGGCAGUUGUCAACAUUCUGGGAUACUACGGUGUUGGUUUUCCUGUCGGAGUGCCACUGAUGUUUGCAGCCAAAAUGGGAAUCAAGGGUCUGUGGAUCGGCAUGAUUACCUGCGUGGCACUGCAAAACUCACUCCUGGUUGUCUAUCUGAUCAGACUGAACUGGAAGAAAGUUACAGUCGAGGCUCAGAUCAGAGCGGGAGUGCAUGAGAGCACCACAGAUAUAAGUUCCCAGCCACGUGACUCGGAGAACUGCGAGGGCCCGAUAGACACCAUUGACUUGGUUGAAGAUGCUGAGGAGCCUGUGGUUGAAACAGUGACGGUGCAGCUCCCUUUCAGGACCGUGGUCCUGCGUAGGGGCUUCGCUCUGGCAGUCAUGCUCUUCAUCUUGGCUGUCGGAAUCAUUUUAAACUUGAUAAUCACUAACUUAGUUACAUGAACAUAAUCAAAAUCUAUUGUAAUCAGUGAAGUAAUUGCUUUACACACCAGCGCUCGGUGCGAUGCCGGUGUUUGCAACACUAGCAGGAUGUCAAAGCAGGGCAGUGGAGAGGCACGAGAGCGGCUGGGCAGCGAGCGAAGAGAAUACAGAAAAGUGAAAUAGUCCGUAAUCAACGAGUUAAUCUUUGAAGGCAAAUUUUUUCUCUUAAACCACAACUUUUUUCUGUAAAUGUGUGUUCAGUUCAAUUUCUGUCAAGAAGAACUGAGUGACGUUGAAGAGAGUUCGUCAGCCUCUUGCGUUUGAAACAUUAAACAGAAGUUUUGUGGUUA